UCCCCGGCCUCCUCGCCCGUCGCCGCCGCCGCCGUCUCCUUCCGCCCGUCGCCAUGUCCAUCGCGGCGGACACCUCUCGCUCGCGCCAGGAAGGCCGCUCUCCGGUUCCUGGCCAGUCGUGCUCCGUUAUCCCCAGCGGGACGCCGGCCGAGAGGCUCACCGACGACCUCGUCGUGGAGAUCCUCUCGCGCGUCUCCGCCAAGGUGGUCUGCCGCUCCAAGUGCGUUUCCAAGCACUGGCUCGGCCUCAUCAACCACCCCGACCACCGCAAAAGGCUCCCCCAAACCCUGGCCGGCUUCUUCUACGGCAGCAACAUCACCGGGCAUCUGCCCUUCCACUUCACCAGCGUCUCAGGGGACCGCCGCCCUCCGUUCGGCACCUCCUUCACCUUCCUGCCCAACCACCACCUGCCCGUCGAUCUGCUCGACUCCUGCAACGGCCUCCUCCUCUGCCGAUGUUACCACGUUUCCGACGGGGUUGGCGCAUUUCAGUAUGUCGUGUGCAAUCCCGCCACCGAGAAGUGGGCCGUGUUGCCCAACUCCGGCAAGGCCACUGACAAUGUGGCCAUCAUAUGUCUGGGCUUUGACCCGGCCCUAUCAUCGCAUUUCCAUGUGUUUGAGCUGGUAGUUGAGCACAAUUAUAGUCAGGACACUGAUCUUUCCGGAGUGGCAGUGUAUUCGUCUGAAACCGGAGAGUGGGUUUAUAAGGAGGAGAGAUGGAUCGGAGAAGCUACCUGGCUUGCUGGUCGGCACUCCUCCACAGCGGUCUUUCUUGAUGGCCUUCUGUUUUUUAGUGCCUUUGACCCCGACUUGUACGAUUGUGUAGCUGCGGUGGACACAAAAGGAGAAACAUGGAUGAAAUUCAGGGCCCCUAGUGGUCAGGUUGAUGAUGGUUUUAUCCAUCUGUCACAGGGCCACUUACACUUUGCCAAUUUCCAGAGGGAUAAUGAUGGUGUUGCCAUUCGAUUUGUAGUUUAUGUUCUGGAGAACUAUCAAACCGGAGAAUGGAUAUUGAAGCAUGGCAUUGAAACUUCAAACAUGUUUGGAUGGACAGAUUUAUGUCCUGAUGGGGGUUUUGAUUUUAUUGCAAUUCAUCUGGAAUGCAACUUGGUGUUCUUUGCUGCGGAUGGUAUUAUAUUGGUGUGCUAUAAUAUGGAUAAUCGGCGAGUCAAAGUGAUUUCCUAUCUUGCAGAUGUCAAGCCCCUAUCUUUUCUGCCUUAUGUGCCGUUGUACACGUAGUCACGAUCAUUGCACAUUUGACAUCAAUAUGAGAUUGCUGGUGCCUUUAUGAGAAGUGGUUCUCUGAUCGGAGUCAAUUAUUCAUGCUAUGGAGCAGCGGGCUUGGUAUGCCUGCUUGAAUUUGGCUCUCCUUUUCUCUGACUGGUGAAUGCAUGUUUUUUUGGUCCGGAGCAAUGGUGGUGGUUCAGUAUGGAGGGAACUUGACUUAUUUCUCUGUGAUCAGUUAUCCAAAUUUGUGCUGAACUUUCUAUCCUAUGUACUGGUCUUUCUAUAUGUUAGUUCCUCUUAGAACAUCAUCAAACGCACUGUGCUUGGAUCACAAUUUUCAUUAUUUUGUAUUUUUGUUAGAGGUUUUGUUUUUAGAACACAAAAGUGGUCUUUAUUUGUGGGUAUUGUUCUGUUAGGUA